AUGGGUCGUCCGAGGGCGAAGAAGGCCGUCGCAGAUGAGUCCAGUCGUAGGCUGCCGACCGGCACAGAACCCAACGAGACAGAGAUCCCAAAGCCUGUCACCCCGGAAACUGAGAUUGAAGACACUGAGCUUGAGACACACUUGGCUGAGCCUUUGGCUUUGGAGGCUGAGCCAAGCGAUCCGCCGGCAUCCGCGCCUGGACAAAUUCCCGACGCGUGGGUGCCUUUGCUAGGCGACCUGGGGCAACUCAACGAAACAGAAGCCAUCAACAAGCUCGAUCAGACGCCGCAACCAGAGAAUGAUUCGAUAGAGUUUUUAUCAACCGGGUCCCCUAUGGAGCUCGUUGAAAUGACUGCAUUUGAUGGGAUGCCUUCGUUUUUGGAUGAUAUGUCGAGCUCUCUUCAGCCUCAAGCCUCUACAUCAGGGAUGCCCGUGGGACUUUUUGAUCCCCAUGACAUGCUAUCGUUUGCCUUGCCACCUAUGAACGCAAAAUCAGAUGUAAAUGAUUCGCUGUCGAUGCAGCAGCCCCAGCCAUCCAUGACCCGAGAGUCAUGCAUGUGCCAACACUCAAUCACAUCAUCAUCCGGAGGCAAUCCCAUGUUGGUUCCUUGCAAUAAGGAUCAACCAAAUCAGCUGCUACGCUAUUCAUCAACCUCGUUUCAAGAUGCGAGUUGUUCGCCUCGAGAAGAGAGCUCGGAAUCGCCAUCAAAUGCCUCGCAACCCAGCGACUCAUCAUCGAGCCUUCAUGCCAGUCGUGAAAGCAGCUCUGAAUUGUCCUGGCGCACAACGCAAGUCACAUUAGUCCAAACUCAAUGCGACUGCAUUCAAACGAUUUCGAAACGCAUUGCAGGUCUGAAGCUAGAGCAACAGAGCUCAAGCUUCAUGCCAAUAGACUGUGUCUUGAUGCUGGAGAAGGAGGUGGAAGAAUCGCUGGCUCAUCUCCACAAAUGUAAAAACUGCCGACUUGACAGUAUCUUGCAUCUAUUGGCGUUGGUUAGUGUCCGCAUGAUGCUCGAUAUUCUGCAAAAGACUGCUCGCAGCGAGUUUGUGUCGAGACCCAAGUCAACGCCAGACAACAGCUCAAGUGGCGACAUUGUCCUUUGCGUUGGUAACUUCAAGGUUCCAUCACGAGUACGAUUUAGGUUUCUUCGAAAGGCUUUGCAAGCUCGGUUUCAUAAAUUGGUGGCAUUAAUCGAAGAGCGAGAAAGACUAGUGACUGGAAAGAAGCAAGACAGUUUCUCAAAGUCGGCAUCUUCACUGUUGGGUGAUAUAUCACGGGGUUUGCGGACUACCAUGGGGUGGAUUGAGUUGUGGAAUGCGAGGCAGGCUUAG